AUGAGAUUGUUCGGUAUACCAGCACUGGCGCUUGCCAGCAGCGUCACCGCCGUCAAAGUUACUGAACACGACAAGCUCGCCGUUCUGGGAUUGGAAAACCUUCAACGUUAUGUAGCGGAGAACGGCUCUCCAGACCCAGGUACAUGUACUCCGGAAACGGCAUCAGUACGAAAAGAGUGGUCAACACUCACGAAGCCUGAGAGGCGGAACUACAUUGACGCUAUCAAGUGUCUACACUCCAAGCCUGGUCUUACACCAGCUUCUGUUGCUCCCGGAGCAAGGAGUCGCUUCGACGACUUUGUCGUGACACACGUUAAGCAGACAUACUCUAUACAUGCAACUGCCAACUUCCUAUCCUGGCACCGCUACUACAUCUGGGCCUACGAGCAACUACUCCGCAACGAAUGUGGCUACAAAGGCUACCUCCCCUACUACAACUGGGCAUGGUGGUACGAAGACCCCGCCUCAUCCCCCCUCUUCGACGGCAGCGACACCAGCAUAUCCAACGGCGGAGACUACGUCCCCGGCCGAAACUACACCUGCGUCGGCGUACCAACCGGCUCACCAGACUGUCCCAUCAAGCUCGAGCCCGGAAGCGGCGGUGGCUGCGUUUCUGGACCCCUGGCGAACUGGACUGUGACUCUCGGACCCAUCGCCACGAAAGUAACGGGUAUCAAACCGAAUCCGCAGGCGGAUGGGCUGGGAUAUAAUCCCAGAUGCAUAAACAGAGAUGUUAAUAAGAAUUCUGCGUAUUUGUCGAGGGAUGAAGUCAUCACUGAGCUUCUCGAGAACAGCGACGAUAUUCUUACUUUCCAGAACCGCAUGCAGGGUGAUUUCCCAAAUGGAUACCUUGGCGUUCACAGCGCUGGUCAUUACACCGUGGGAGGAGAUGCUGGUUCUGACUUUUUCAACUCGCCGGCUGACCCUAUCGAUCGCACGUGGUGGAUUUGGCAAAAUCAGGAUCUCGAGAACAGGAGAAAUGCGGUUGAUGGUACUAUCACGUUCCAGAACGACCCGCCGAGUCGGAAGGGUACAUUGAAUGAUACGUUGACGCUGGGUCCCAUGCUUCAGGAUGCGUUUGAGAAUAUUACGAUUAAGGAUGCGAUGAGUACGCUGGGUGGGCCGUUCUGCUAUAUCUAUGUGUAG